GGACGCUGCCGCUCGCCCGGGUACUCGUUUGCACACACUCUGCUCACGGACCAUGUCGCCUUCACUCGGCCGUCUCGCGGCCCUCGCUGCAGCCCUCAGCGCCGUGCCCGCCGCACUCGCCGCCCCGGCCACUGUGGCCGCGGCCGCGGCGGCAGACCCAUGCUUGAAGAUCGCGGGCAAGACGUUCGUGCCGCCCGCGGACGCGCUCGCGUGCAUGAAGUCGUUCCCGUUCAACGAGACGCUGCGGCAGAACGUGCUCGACGUGGUCUCGCGUGUGUUCGAUUUCUACACGUUCGAGGACUACUACCUCAAGUCGCCCGCGCCGUUCCAGGACUCGACGACGAACAUCCGCGCGCAGCUCGCGAGGAUCAACCAGACGCACUACGCGACGGACUUUGACUUCAACAAGGAUCUGUAUGACUUCACCACCCAGCUCAACGAUGGGCACACCCGCUGGUUCCCCGACUGCGCCACGUCCUUCCAGAACAUCCUCCCCGCGCCGAUCGUGACGCUCGAGGAGAACGGGCAGCAGAGCGUGUUCGUCGCGCCGGACUCCGUCGCGUUCAUCAACCAGCUCGGCACCGAGUUCACCUCCUUCUUCGACUCCAUCAAGUUCGACUGGCAGCGCCUCGCGGGCGCCCGUGUGCUCGCGAUCGAGGGCGUCGACCCGUACGCGUACGCGGUCAAGAUCGCGGAGACGCAGUCCGGCAACUACCUCGACCUUGGGGUGCGCGUGAACAGCGCGUUCAGCAGCUACCGUAUCUCGGGCACGACGUUCUCGCAGCGCCUCGGCGAUAUCUCGGGCCCGCAGUUCCCGACGCAGAACACGCUCACGCUGAAGCUCAUCCCGGUCAACUCGACGCGCGCGGAGACGGUGAAGGUCCCGUUCCUCACGAACUACCUCGGGGCGCCGUUCACGGACGGCGCGGACUUCUGGGCGGUGAACUGCGCUGCGAAGCCGGACACGAACGGCGUCGACAACAAAGACUCCGCGGUGCUCGCGAAUCUGUCGAAGAGACGGACGACCAGGAAGCUCGCAAGGGCCGCGAUCGUGGACGUCUCCGCAAAGACCGCGAUCGGGCUUCCCUCCGAGUUCCAGCCCACGCUUCCCGCGGUUAACGGCAGCGAGGGCGUGAUCAAGUCCUUCAUCCUCCCGGACAAGAAGACUGGUGUGAUGUUCGUGGGCUCAUUCGAGCCUGAUGACUUCGACCAGUUCCAGACGGACGUGCAGGCCACCGUGACACAGUUCCAGGAAGCGGGCGUGAGCCAGCUUCUCGUUGACCUCACUAACAACGGUGGUGGCUUCGUCUGCCUUGGCCAGUUCCUGCACGCCUUCCUCACAGGCACCAAGAGCCUCGGCAGCUUCCAGAACCCCGGCUUCCAGUCGACGAACCGCGCGAACCCACUCGCGCAGAAGAUCCUCGCGUCAGACAUCGCGCUCGGCCUGGACUCGAACGUCGCGUUCUACGCCGGGGACAACUGGGCGUUCCUGAACAACACGCAGCGGAGCUCGUCGGACAACUAUAUGUCCCCGCCGUCGAGCCGGGUCAUCAACGGGCAGACGUUCGUCGAGUCGCAGCGCUUCCUUGAUGUGUGUCCGUUCAGCGUGGACCUCCCUGAGGACCCUCCGUUCGACCCGAGCAAAAUCGCCAUCGUCGGCAACGGCAAUUGCGCGUCGACGUGCGCGAUGUUCAGCACGCUCAUGAACGAGCGCCACAACACGAAGAUCGCGCUCUUCGGCGGCAAGCCCGGGCUCGCGACCCAGUUCAAGGGUAUGGCCGGCAACCAGGUGCUGGAGUGGUUUGACAUCGACUCGGAGAUCAAGACAGCGAACCUGAAGGACGACCCCUUGGCGCCCCCGGAUUUGCUCGUCUCUGGUGACUUCCGUCACAACUGGCGUAUUGCCUACAGCUUCCUCGACGAGACGCUGCCCAUUGAGUACCGCUCAGAGUUGCCCCACUUCCGCUUCGCGUACACGGCCGACACGUACAACAAUCCUCAAAACCUCUGGACCUUCGCGGCGAAGCAGCUCCUUGGGUAAUGUAGAGUGGAUGACCAGAGGAAGUCAGGAGAGGCACGAAGGUGAUGCAGGAUGCAUGUUGAUGAGCUGGGAUGUAUUACAUGAUGCAUGUAUAAGACCAACGAGUGUUGUAGCGGC